ACUUCCUCCUAUCUUGGCCCCUGACUCUGAGAGUUGCCCUACUCUGAUCCUCACUUUCGAUUGUUCUUUCAGAAUCUUUCGCAUCCUUGCUUGUCUUCGCUGGUUAAGCGCGUUUCAGAUCGAUCAUAUUUUCUGAAAUGCAGGGUUCUCAAAGACAGAAGGAUGUUCAAGAUCGGCGACUUAGCAUUAUCGACGUCUUGUCGGCCGACGAUUCGCUUCUUGAUCCCCUUUCGGGGAAUCCCGACAAUCAAGAUUCGGUUCACCUUUCCGAAAACCAAGAGCAUGCAGAGCUGUUAGACACUCCAAACUCAAAAAAGUUCGAGGACGCAGUAAGCAAACUUGAAGAGUGGGAGCAGGAGCCCCGGCCAAAUGAAACCUUUGAAAUGGGAAAGGCAAAGAAAAACAAGUGCAAUUUGCGUAAAAGUUUAGCUUGGGAUAGUGCUUUUUUCACAAGCGCUGGUGUUUUGGAUCCUGAGGAGUUGUCCAGCAUAAUUGAAGGUGCAGAGAAGGAUGAAAAGCAUGCACUACCGGGAAUUAAAGAGGACUUAUACAUGUCUUGUGAUUCCAUCUCUACGUUAGAAAGUGAUAGCUUGACGCUGGAAAGUCUAGAGGUUGAUUUAUUCGAGGAUAUAAGAGCUUCAAUUCAGAAAUCAGGCAAGAUGUCUGAGGUGGCAUCUGGAAACAGCAAACUGACGUCAGGCGUAGCAGGGUCCCAGACCGAUGACUGUAAACGGCCAUUACCAGGAAUUAAAGAGGAUGUGCACAAGUCGUGUGAGUCCGUCUCUGCGUUAGAAAGCGAUAGCUUGACUCUAGAAAGUAUAGAGGCUAAUUUAUUUGACGAAGUAAGAGCUUCAAUUCAGAAAUCCAGCGAAACUUCCGAUGUGGCGAUUAGAAAUAGCCAAGUGUCAUCCGGUGUUGUAGGACUCCAGACUGUUGACUUGAUAAAAACGACUUGCAUGGCUUCUGGAAACAAGUUGAAAGCCUCAUCUUCUAAGAAUCCAAGUACCACCAGCGUGCAACUAUUGGGAAAAAUGACCAAGAAUCCUGUGCGUCCCCCAGUUUCACAGAAGCUCAGUGCCAGGAGGGGAGAGCCAUCUACUGCAAAGCAACCUAAAUUACCUGCCAAGGCAACUCCACGUUUAACAAUGUCAACAAAGAGAGCCUCUCUUGGUGGUCUGCAUGUUGGAAGUGAAAAGGAAAAAACAAAACGAGUUGGUGGAAAUGUGUGUUCAGUGCCAAAAGCACCCACCAUUGGGGGCUCUGGAGGUAUCGUGCCUAAGACCGCAGUAGCAUCCAAAUCUUCCUCAGCUCCAUCAGUAGCAACCAAGAAAAAAUCAAGACCCACAUCUUCUGGUAGCAAUUCAUCUGGUAAUAUCAGUAAAUCUCCUUUGAAUUCCAUCAGCAGAAAGGUUGGUGCUGGCACCAUUAAGCCACCCGCAUCUGGCUCAGUUGUCAGGACACCAUCAAAAAUUGCUCCAAGAAAUAAAGCCAACUCUGGGAAUCAUAGCUUCUCAGGCUUGAUGUCUGUCACCAAGCUCUCUUCUAGCAUUUCACCUGCUAGCUCUAUCAGUGACCGGUCUUCAGAGUCUUCAUCAUCAACUUGUAUGAGUAAAAAUAGGUCUAAUAGCUCAAGGACUAGCAGUGAUAGUAGCUCUUGCAGGAAGGUCUUCUCAGACACUGAUGCGCGACAAGCUUCAAGUUCUCUAAAUUCUCCAAGUGAUUCAAGCUUAGAGGGGCAGGAGAGUCAGUUGACUGGGUCUGCCAGUCAGUGUGCAAGGUCCAUUUCUGCAGGAACAGUCCUUCCAUCAGCUCCCAUGAAACCAACGGGCCUUCGAAUGCCUUCACCAAAGAUUGGCUUUUUUGAUGGGAUGAAAUCGUCAGGGUGCACCCCUCGUGGGGGAAUGCAGCCACACUCUGUUGUACCUCGUGGCUUGCCCUAUGGAAGUAGUGUUGGUCCAAGUGAAGGCCAAAACAAAGCAAAGCUUGGAAAAGUUCAGUCAGCUAGAUCCAACGUGUCAAUAAAAAACGCACAACUCAAUAACCGGCAAACUUCACAAGCAAAUCCCGUUCAUGAUGAUAUGACGCCUAGCGCUUUGCAGAAUGUUGAAAGCUCUUCUGAGAUAUCCGUGGAAGUUCCAAACAAGACUUUCCUUGAAAGCACAACCAGAAACAUGAGUAACAACAUGACUGAAGGACGUCCCGUAGGAAUGCAAGAUCUCAAUCUUGGUAUGGUACAGAAAAAUGGAACUGCUGAUGAAAAGCCUAAUAAAAGUGAUUCAAGUUCUACUUGUGAUGUUGAAAAUUCAUCUCGUGUGAUUGUUGGGAAAGGCCUUAAAUGUGGCGAAUCUGAUCUCCCAAAGGUUGAAGGUCCGGUACUUCAUGAAGCGAUGAAAACCAAGGAAGCAAUGGACAUUUCCAUGGAUAAAUUGAGUCCAGAAGGUACUGGUAACAUGCCUUCAUUGAAUAGACCAGACAACAAUAUUAUGGUUGGAGACCAUAAUCCUAAGAAUUCAAUUGCUACGGAAAUUAAUAGUUUGAACCGUCAACUUGGAGUUAUGGAUAUAAAUUCGAAGAUACAGAAAAACUUCGAUAGUCAUUCUCUUUCUUGCUCUCAGUCAGACGUCAACUCCCAAGAUAAUCUUAAUGUUGUGGAGUUGUCUAGUCGCAAGGAUCUAUAUUCACCAGCUCACACAAGGAAACCCUUUGCUGUCAAAGAAUCCUUUUGCAAUAUGGAUGGCUUGGUCAGAGUUUCUGCAGAAUCGUCAGUUGCAGAGGUAAAAUCAAACUUGUCCUUGCCACAGAGCAUGAGCAAAGAGAACUGAGGUUGCCUCGAAAAGUUUGGCUAUUGAUUCUUUAGAUUUUCUGUUUUGUGCGAAAAAUGAAAUUAUUGAAGUCUUGAUUCUAAUUUGACUUAUCAUAUUCAGGCUAUUGAUUAGAAGAAUUAUCAUUCCGAA